AUGUCUGACAUAAGAAAUAUCUCGACACCCAUCAUCAGCUCCAGCCUUAUCGUUGGUGGCUGCGGCUUUUUGGGGUUCCAUCUCACGAGACAAUUGCUGCAAGAUGACGAAAGCGGUCAAGUUUACGUUCUGGAUCGCGACGUAUCCAGAAACCGACACGAAAAUGUGUCGUAUAUCGAGGGAGACAUCUCUGAUGGUGAACUUGUGCGAGGAGUAGUCAAUGAAAUUCGUCCUACUGUCAUUUUUCACUGUGCUUCUCCGAUCGCAGCGUUGCCUAUGAAUCGCGAGGGCGAAUUUUACGCGACAAACGUCAAGGGCACUGAAGUAUUGCUUACGGCUGCUUCUGGAUGUGAUGCUGUUCAGGCAUUCGUCUUUACAUCAAGCGUUGACGCGUAUGCCAACCCGCCUCACACGAAUGCUGACGAGACAUAUCCUCUUUGGUCACCCCACGACAAGUCGAAUGAGUACAAUCGGACAAAAGCAAUUGGCGAUAGCAUAGUCCGUGAAGCUAAUGGCCCAAAACUACGUACCGUCACUCUACGACCUGGUCACGCCUAUGGAGAGAGACAUGUCCAAGGCAUGGUUGAAGUUCUCGAUAUGUGCAAGAACAAGAAGCUCGUGCAGAUUGGAGACGGGAAGAAUCUCAUGGAAGUCGUAUCCGGGGAGAACAAUGCGAUAGCUCAUGUUCUCGCUGCAAAGGCUCUCCUCGACCCAAGUCGUGCAUCCGGCAAGGUUGACGGAGAAGCUUUCAACGUCUCCGAUGGAGCUCCAGUACCGUUUUGGCAUCACACAAGAGUUAUUUGGAAAACAGCAAGAGGUGAAGACAUCUCCAAGGAUAUCAUUGUUCUGCCUGCUUGGGUGAUGAUAGUCGCAGUCUUUGCGGCAGAGUGGCUAUUCUGGAUAUUCACUCUCAACACAGCUAGGCCUCCGGUUGAGUUACGGAGAGUCUCGCUGGAGUAUUGCGUCUACACGCAUACUUACAGCAUAGAAAAGGCAAGGAAGAGAUUGGGGUUUAAUCCAGUUUCAAAUCAUGACGCUGUUGUGGCGCAGUCGGCGAGAUGGAUGUUGAAAUAUCGAGAGAGCAUGAAGCAGAAGUCUAGUUGA